UUAAGUUAUGUGUACAACUCAGCACAGGAUAAAGCCAAUUUUGUCCUCUAUCAUCACAUAUCAGAAGAACCUCGGAGAUUGUUUUCCAACCUUAAGCCUGUGAUAUGAUGACACUGUCAGGUUUUCACAGCCUCCGACCAAUGUUUCUUUUCUUGGUGCUUUGCUGUACUGGGUUCUUUGAUCAACACUGAUAUUUGGUACAAAUUGCCUUCACUUGUUUUUGUUUAUUUCCCCACCUUUUUUCAUUGGUGCUUUGCAUGAAAUUUCAAAUUUGUGACCAAACUGAUCAUUAUUGAUAUUCGCUGAAGUUGCCAAGUUUGAGUCCUUGAGUUUCGGGAUUCCCCUGGAAUAUGCAUACCUGUUCCAAUUUUGAUAUUCAUCAACCCCCUCUUAAAUUUUUUCAGUUUAUUAAAUUCUCCAGUUUGUAUAGUUGCUACAAUCCCUUAGUACUGUACUUUUGUUGUUCUGAAUGGAAUCAACCAUUGUAGCAAUUAGCAAGCAAGUUUAGAUUGCUGUGUGUUACCUGUAUUUUAUUUUUGAUCUGCUACCCUAAGCUACAGCUUCUGGUCAAUGAUCACUGUUGAGUUGAGUACACUACUUCGAUGAUGUCAAUAUCCUGUUAAUUGUUCAAGAAAUAAAGUACACGUACCGUUGUAGUUUGAGCUCCAAGUUUCAUAUUUGAAGUUCAUAUUUAUUUCUGUAUAAGCAAGUAAUUACGUACAAUAAGGAAAUUUGCCUAUUUGUGAGGGUUUUCAGCAUACUUGGUAUUCCUAGCUAUAGGUACAAUGUCAAUUCUGUGUGGUGUGCCUCUUCUUGAAUGUGUGUACUGUCUGGCUUGUGCUCGUUGGGCUUGGAAAAGAUGUAUUUACACUGCAGGCCAUGACAGUGAAACUUGGGGACUUGCCACUGUAGAAGAAUUUGAGCCUGUUCCCCGCCUUUGUCGGUAUAUUUUAGCCGUGUAUGAAGAUGAUAUUCGACACCCUCUUUGGGAACCUCCUGGUGGCUAUGGAAUUAUCCCUGAUUGGUUAAUACUCAAGAAGGCAUAUGAAGAUACACAAGGAAGGGCCCCGCCCUAUAUGCUGUAUCUUGAUCAUGAUCAUGCUGAUAUAGUUCUUGCCAUUAGGGGACUAAAUUUGGCAAAGGAGAGUGACUAUGCAGUGUUGUUGGAUAAUAGAUUGGGGAAGAGGAAGUUUGAUGGGGGGUAUGUUCACAACGGGCUGUUGAAGGCUGCUGGAUGGGUUAUGGAUGCUGAAUGUGAAAUUCUAAAGGAGUUGGUAGAGAAGUAUCCAAACUAUUCUCUGACUUUUACUGGACAUUCCCUUGGAUCAGGAGUAGCAGCAAUGUUGAGCAUGGUAGUGGUGCAAAAUCACGAUAAACUUGGACAUAUUGAGAGGAAGAGGGUCAGGUGCUAUGCUAUUGCACCUGCUAGGUGUAUGUCACUGAAUUUGGCGGUCAGAUAUGCAGAUGUCAUCAACUCUGUUGUGCUUCAGGAUGACUUCUUACCAAGGACAGCCACUCCAUUGGAGGAUAUAUUCAAAUCUCUUUUCUGUUUGCCAUGCUUAUUGUGCUUGAGGUGCAUGAAGGAUACAUGCAUACCAGAGGAGAAGAUGCUGAAAGAUCCAAGGAGACUCUAUGCUCCCGGUCGCCUUUAUCACAUUGUUGAGAGAAAGCCUUUCAGAAUGGGAAGGUUUCCCCCAGUUGUGAGGACAGCAGUGCCAGUAGAUGGAAGGUUUGAACACAUAGUGCUUUCUUGCAAUGCCACAUCUGAUCAUGCCAUUAUUUGGAUAGAGAAAGAAGCCCAAAGGGCUUUAGAUUUGAUGAGGGAGAAAGAUAGUAUCAUGGAAAUACCUGCAAAUCAAAUCAUGGAGAUGCAAGAAACAUUAGCUAGACACAGUGAAGAAUACAAAGCAGCAUUACAAAGGGCUAAAACAUUUGAUGUUCCACAUGCUUAUACACCAGAAUCACAAUAUGGAACUUUUGAUGAGGAGGGAGAGGAGAGUUCAAGAAGGUCACAAGGUGAAUCUUCUUUUGGUUCAACUAAUAGGAGUACAGUGGAUGAAACUUGGGAUGAAAUGAUCGAGCGUCUUUUUGAUAAGGAUGAGCAUGGUCACAUUUUGCUCAUGAAAUAAUGGUUGUGUAAUUUAUACAGACUAGUUUAUAAAUAAUUGUUGGGAACCACUAAAUUCGUUCAUUCUUUUUGUGAAUCUUUUUGGUGUGUAGUUGUAGCUCAAAGAUGAAAUAACAUGAAAAGAAGAUUGAUUGAUUUGUUGGAAAUUGUUAGCUAAUGUUAUCCUAGUAAAUCUGAUGGCAGAUAAGAUAUUUUAGGAAAUUUAGAUUAAUUGUAGGCCUAUGCAUAGGCAUAAAUUUCAAUGACAAUUUUUCUUCUUGAA